CCUCGGUCAAGUGAAGUCCCUUCUCAGUCAAAAUAAUAACUCUUCGCUUAUUCCAAAUGAACAGGUGAUUGUGAAAGUGUGUUGGAUGAUUGAUAAAGCGCAAUAUGACUGUCACAACAAGUAGAAGAGCUCGCCUGAGCCUCCUCCACAUUGCACCGUCGCUCGUGGGGCUGCUGGCGGCAACGGUUGCAUGGAGCAGCAUCGGUGCUGACGGGCGGUAUGUGCUAAUCAACCUCACCAUCCACAACCCCGGGAGCGUGGACAUCUACAAGACUUUCCAGACGAACGAUGAAAAUCUGAAGCGGUUUAACCUGACGGCGGAGGAGAUGUCAAAUGGGAACGUUCAUCUCAAUUCUCACGACGAGGUAGACGAGAUCGAAGUGAAAGGAAAGAAAAUUCCUCUGCAUCUAGACCUGAAGAUGGAGCUCGAGGGGCUAACGUACUCGUAUCUGACGAUUGACAAUAAGACUUGGUCGGUUCGGGUUGGCGACUUCAAUAAUAUCACUCUUGAUGAUUUUGAAGAUGACCCUAAUCUGGUGCCCGAAAAUGUGACUCUGGAUUGGUCCUUAAUUCCUGCGUAUAACCCAAAUCCUGCAAACAUAUCCUUGAAAUCGGGUGUGAUGGAAGCCAGUAUCCACCUUGAUAACAAUACACUGUUGUUCCAGUAUUUAGAGGGAGGAGUGAAAGUGGGGAAGUGGGUACCCAUCCUCCCCUACACUGGACUUCACCUUCGAGUCAUCAAUCCUCACACUCGACAGCUUACCUUCAGCAAGUACUAUUCAACCGACUACUUCAUGGACAAAGAAUUCUUAGAGAACUUACAGAACCUCAAGAACGGUCGAAUUGCCAUCGUCGCUUCCUUUUACGACGUAACCGGACACUUUGAAUCACCAGUGAGGGACGCCAUUGAGGAAUUCGGAUCCUUCGCAGUACAACACCUCAAAUUCCGCGACCUUUGGGCGUGGGUAUGGCAGGCGGGCGGAGCGACCUUAGCAGAAGGACUCGUCACCAACCGGGAAGGAGUCGAAACACUCCCGCCGCCUCUGUACUUAUCCCUGCAGAUGCCAGCGGUAAAUGCCACAGAGCGUUUCUGCAAAGACUGGCCGACGGGUGGCACUUGGGAAAAGAGGAAACAUUUUUGUGACACUUAUGACGGAUAUGGGGAUUUGUGUUCUUGUGACAACCCUUUCUCAACAAAUACCGCUACUCCGAAGAUGGAGACAUGGCGUGAGGAUAUUGGCAUCUUGCUGGUGACAGGGAAUCGGCCGCAGUAUUUAUAUAGGCUAUUACGUCAACUCCUUCUGCAACCUGGCGUAAACAAGACGCAGAUUUUCGUGUCCAUCGACGGGUUUCACGAGGAGCCUGUGAAAUUGGUGGAGAUUUUUGAACUUAAGUACCUAAUUCAUCGUCCAGAAGGGGCAGGAUCACCAAGGAUUUCCAGGCAUGUGAGGUUUGCCCUCUUCAAAGUACUGGAGGUACUGGACACAGACAAAUUCAUAGUUCUUGAGGAAGAUCUUCUUCUUUCGCCAGACUUUUAUUCGGGCGCCAACUGGGGAGUGCUGGGGGCAGUUGCCCCCACCCCCAGACUCUGUUUGCCUCCCUCAAGUCUGGCAGCGGACUGGGACUACUGGAUGGGCACUGGAUUGGUUCGUCGAGGAAGGGAACUCAUAAUUCCUGAAAUUUCAAGAACAGUACACGCGGGCCUCACGGGAGCUCACGUCAACGGCUUCCUCAUCAAGCGAAGAUUCAGCAAUAAACCGGUCACUACGGAUCCCAAUACUAGAGUUAAUAUAACUGGGCUACGGAAGGAAUUAUACGAACGAGAAAUCCUUGCUCUGGUGAACAAAGCUGAACUAUUGAACAUUACGGACCCAUACAACUACGCGUUUCCUCGCACGCCGGGUAAAGUGUACGCUGUGUUCAUAAAGAUGACCAGGGAAGAAGAUGAUGCAGCUCUGAAGAUUGUUGCCGAUGUCGUGACAGCGAAAGACGUUAGUCAGUCUCUUGGCACCGAACGUUGA